CGUUAAGGUAACCAAUAGCGACGAGAGAAGACUUCCGGGAUCCGCCUUCAAGAUAAAAGAAAAUGUAAACGUCCAAAAACAACAACGACGUUUAAUGACUCGAUUGUAACCCUUAAUCCGUGUUUUAUAGACACUAGUUUUCAUUGAAUGGUACAUACUUUGCCAAAUCAACGAGCAACUGCGAAGAGACAGACCUCCUAUAUAUCAGUACCCGCAUGUUGCGCGACGCGAAUGGUUCAAAAGGUAAAAGAGCGCACACCAUGGGGAUUGGUGGUCACAAGGAAUUUGGAACAUGGUGUGAUACACUCGGUAAGUAAAGGAAGUCGAAGGACACGAUGGAGUUCUCCGCAGAUGACGGAGAGACACCCAGUGUCAUCAACAUGACCACAAGCGAAAAGGUGGUGGAGCUUUUGAAUCAGGCUGCCUUGAUACCCGCAGAUGUCAAGCUAGCUGUGCUCAAACAGGUCCAAGAGCUUAUCAUCAACAAAGAUCCGUCUCUCCUUGACAAUUUUCUGGACGAAAUAAUCGCCUUUCAGACGGACAAAUCCAUCGACGUGAGGAAGUUUGUCAUCGGCUUCAUCGAGGAAGCAUGUAAACGUGACAACGAGCUGCUGCUCAGGCUAAUCGCAAACCUGAACAUGCUGCUCAAGGACGACAGUGUCAACGUGGUGAAGAAAGCCAUUCUCACCCUCACGCAGAUGUACAAGGUGACGCUACAGUGGCUGGUGCGAGCCAAAGCCGUGUCGGACAUGCAGGAGGCCUGCUGGGAAAUGGUGACUCAGAUGAAAGGCGACGUCCUGGCGCUGCUGGACUCUGAGAACGACGGCGUGCGCACUCACGCCAUCAAAUUCACCGAGUCGCUCAUCGUCACGCUGUCGCCUCGCGUGGCUGACUCGGAUGUGCCCAAGCGGCAGGAGAGCGAUAUCAGCUUGGACAAAGUGCCCAAGGACCACGCGUACAUCCGCUACAAUGUUUUGUGCGAGGAGGGAAAGUCGGCGCUGGACAAGCUGCUCAAGUUCAUGGUGCAUCCGGCCAUUACCAGCAUUAACCUGACCACCGCGCUGGGCUCCCUCGCCACCAUCGCCCGCCAAAGGCCCAUGUUUAUGUCCAAAGUGGUCCAGGCGUACGAGACCUUGCACGCCAACCUUCCGCCCACCCUGGCCAAGUCACAGGUGAGCAGCGUGCGAAAGAACCUCAAGCUGCACCUGGUGGCCGUGCUCAAGCAUCCGUGCAGCGUGGAGUUCCAGGGCCAGAUCGGCACCUUGCUCCUGGACCUGGGCAUGCCUCAGAGCGAGAUCGCGCGCUCCACGCCGCCGGUCCGGGAGCAGCGCAAGAGGCCGCGCCAGGAGCAGUACGUCGAGGGCAAGAAGGUCAAGAUGGAGCCCAUCGAAGACGACGAGGACAAGGAGGAGCCGGCCCCUCUUUCGGCGCCCAAGCCGGCUCCGGUCCCGGCGGCGCAAUCGGCCAUCGAUCUCACAGCCGACUUCCUGCGCCCGCUCCUCAACGCGGAGAACGUGGCCAAUAUGGUGCUGAUCAGCAUGGUGUAUCUGCCCGACACCAUGCCGGCGUCCUUCCAGGCCACGUACACGCCCGUGGAGUCGGCGGGCACCGACGCUCAAAUCAAACAUUUGGCCCGGCUGAUGGCCACGCAGAUGACCGCGGCUGGGAUCGGGCCAGGCCUCGAGCAGUGCAAGGCGCGAGAGAACGAGGCGGGCGGAGGAGAGGACGGCGACGAAGACGCCGCCAAGGACUCGCUCAUCAAGCGCAAAGUGAUGGUGGGCCAGGCCAUCUCGGUGGUGGGGGGCUACUCGGAAAAAGGGAGGGCCGCCCCCGCCGCCAACGUCUCCGCCGCCAAGAGGCUUCCUGAGCCCAUCCUUCCGUCGGCGCAAACUAAAUUGGCGGGGCCCAGCGGCAGGAAGAAAGUCUUCAGGCUGUCCGAUGUGAUCCAGCCUUUAUCCGACACGCAGAUUGAGCAGUUGACCUCCAAAACCAUCAAGCGCAUCCUUCAUUCCGAAAAGACCAUCUCUCAAAGCGGCAUGUCCCACGUGCGAGUGAAGCUGCUCUCCAAGCUGGUGACGCAGUUUGAGGGCAUCAUGAAGGAGGACGUGCUGCACUUCAUCUUGGAGGACAUCCGCAGCCGCAGCGAGCUGGCCUUUUCGCUGCUCUAUCAAGAGUACAACACGUACCUGAGCCAGCUGCCGUCGGGACUGCUGGACAGCUACGACCAGUGCCUCUACACGCUGCUCUCCGGGCUGCAGGAGAAGCCCGAGCAGAAGGACGGGCUGUUCACCAAACUGGUCCUGGAAGCUCCCAUCAUCACAGAGUCGGCGCUGGAAGUCAUCCGGCGCUACUGCGAGGACGAGUCGCGCGUCUAUUUAGGCAUGACCACGCUGAAGGAGCUCAUCGUCAAGCGGCCCUCCAGGCAAUUCCAGUACCUUCACGUGCUUCUGGAUCUCAGCUCCCACGAAAAGGAAAAAGUGCGAUCGACGGCCCUGGCCUUUCUGAAGCGUAUGUACGAGAAAGAGCACCUCCGGGACUACAUUGAGAAGUUUGCCUUGAACUACAUGCAACUCCUGGUGCACCCCAACCCCCCGUCGCUGCUUUUUGGGGCCGACAAAGACACAGAGGUGGCGUCCCCUUGGACCGAAGAGACGGUGCGUCAGUGUCUCUUCCUCUACUUGUCUCUGCUGCCGUUGAACCACAAGCUGGUGCACGAGCUGGCGUCCGUCUACACCGAGGCCAUCGCCGACAUCAAGCGCAGCGUGCUGCGAGCCAUCGAGCUCCCCAUCCGCGGAAUGGGCAUGAAUUCCCCCGAGCUGCUGCUUCUGGUGGAAAACUGCCCGAAGGGUGCCGAGACGCUGGUGACCCGCUGCCUGCACAUUCUCACCGACAAAGUGCCUCCGUCUCCGGAACUGGUGGAGCGGGUGCGGGACCUUUACCAUAAACGCGUGCCCGACGUUCGCUUCCUCAUCCCGGUCAUCAACGGCCUCGAAAAGAAUGAAGUCAUCCAGGCGCUCCCCAAGCUGAUCAAACUCAACCCCAUUGUGGUCAAGGAGGUGUUCAACCGGCUCCUGGGAACCCAGCACAGCGAGGGAAGUUCGUCGGUGUCCCCUCUGACGCCGGGCGAUCUGCUCAUCUCCCUGCACAACAUCGACUCGGCCAAAUGCGACAUGAAGUCCAUCAUCAAAGCAACCAACCUGUGCUUCGGCGAGAAGAACGUCUACACCUCGGAGGUUCUGGCCGUGGUGAUGCAGCAGCUGAUGGAGCAGAGCCCUCUGCCCAUCCUGCUGAUGCGGACCGUCAUCCAGUCGCUCAGCAUGUACCCGCGCCUCUGCGGCUUCGUCAUGAACAUCCUGUCCAGGCUCAUCGUCAAGCAGGUCCGCUUUGCCCGCGUUUCCUGCCUCGGCCUUGAUCUCGCUCCCUGUGGCUUGGCGAGCGGAAGAUGUGAAAGGUCGCACGAGGGCUUCUUUUCUUUUCUCCUCUCCCCUCAGGUGUGGAAGUAUCCCAAGGUGUGGGAGGGCUUUGUCAAAUGCUGCCAGAGGACCAGACCUCAGUCGUACAGCGUCCUCCUGCAGCUGCCUCCCGCCCAGCUCGCCGGCGUCUUUGAACGCUGCCCGGAGAUGAGGGAGCCCCUGCUGCACCACGUCCGCUCCUUCACGCCGCACCAGCAAGCUCACAUCCCUGCCUCCGUCAUGGCCGUCCUGGAAGUUAGCAAGAAAGCCGCGGCUAAGCCGGCGGAGCCCGUGAAGAAGGAGGCGCCCCGCACGGAGAUGGCUGCUGACCUCGCGGCCGAGGGCGCCGAGCAAGCGCAGCAGCAGGAAAUGCGCCCCCUCGCAACUAAUGUGGAGACUGAGGGGGAAGAGGAGCAAGAGGAGCAGGAGGAGCAGGAGGAAGAGCCCAUGGAGCAGGAGCAGCAGCAAGAUCAAGCAGAUCCAGUGAGAGGCCAGGAGACCGUCGAUGCCACCUUGCAGGUGGAGAUGGCGAGAACCGAUGGAACGCCUGAACCCGAACCUGAGGCGGAACCAGAACCUAAAGCGGAACCUGAACUGGAACUCGAGCCAAAAGCCGGACCUGAAGCCGAGCUUGAUCCCGAACCCGAGCCAGAAACGGAACCAGCUGAGGAGCCAAUGGAGACCUCAGAAGGCGAACCUCGCGAGACCCAGGAGACGUUGAAAGAGGACGAGGACGGAGAUGGCAAACAGGACAUUGGGAGCGGCUGUGAAGGCGCUGAAUGAAGAGCGCUCCAAAAAAAAGAAAAACAAAUAUUUGUGGACUAUGAUGUUCCUUUGUUUCCUUUUGUUCUUGUAUAAAAUGGAUUUUGAGUGUCAGAAUUGUUUCCACACACCCCUCGUAGCGGUCGACAAUAAAUCAACAAAAUAAGA